AUGGCGGCGGGCCCCGGUGGCGGCGGCAGCAGUGGGGGGGCGGCGGCGGGAGGGCCGGGCUGGCGGUUGCCGGGGCGGGUGCUGGAGCUGGUCUUCUCCUACCUGGAGCUGCGGGAGCUGAGGAGCUGCGCGCUGGUCUGUAAGCUGUGGCACCGCGUCCUGCACGGCGACGAGAACAGCGAGGUGUGGCGCAGCUUGGCGGCCCGCUGCCUGGCGGAGGAGGCCCUGCGCACCGACAUCCUCUGCAACGUGCCCACCUACAAGGGCAAGGUCCGUGCCUUCCACCACGCCUUCAGCACCAACGACUGCUCGAGGAACGUCUACAUCAAGAAGAACGGCUUCACGCUGCACCGCAACCCCAUCGCCCAGAGCACGGACGGGGCGCGGACCAAGAUCGGCUUCAGCGAGGGCCGCCACGCCUGGGAGGUGUGGUGGGAGGGCCCGCUGGGCACCGUGGCCGUCAUCGGCAUCGCCACGAAGCGGGCGGCCAUGCAGUGUCAGGGUUACGUGGCCCUGCUGGGGAGCGACGACCAGAGUUGGGGCUGGAACCUGGUGGACAAUAACUUGCUGCAUAACGGAGAGGUGAACGGCAGUUUCCCCCAGUGCAAUAACGCGCCCAAGUACCAGAUAGGUGAAAGGAUUCGAGUUAUCCUGGACAUGGAAGACAAAACAUUAGCAUUUGAGAGGGGCUAUGAGUUCUUGGGAGUUGCCUUCAGAGGACUGCCAAAAGUUUGCCUGUAUCCAGCAGUGUCUGCUGUGUAUGGUAACACAGAAGUGACUUUGGUCUACCUGGGAAAACCUCUGGAUGGAUGACAUGGACUGUUUUGUUGGGACGUCGAGAUGUGGAUGAUUGGGAGGAGAAAUCUGCAUGUUGGUUAGAGGGAAACGUAUAUUAGAGGAAAAACAAAAAAGUGUGGGCGCGUGUCCAAGAACCAUCGAGGGGAUCGCACAGAGUUUUGAAACGGAGGACCAGCCAUACUUCAGGAAUUGUGUUACAUCUCCUCUUUCUACCAGGCCAGAAAAAUCCUCAGGGUUGCAGUUGGUUGAGUGGGAAGCUGACACGUGCAUGUUGCAACAGAUUUCAUUGCUAAGAUGGCAGUGCGUGACCUCAAAUAUUUAAGAAAGGAUUUGAUACAAAACUGCUUGAGGAAAUUAACCUGAGAUUUGUAAGUAGCGUGUUUUGUGAAAGACUCCCAUUUUAAAACUGCUUGUUCCUUCCCUUCCCUCCUUUGGGCCAACGUGGGUACCGGAGGAGAGCGAAUCUGGUUGGGUUUUAUUUACAAUUUUUAACAUACUGAGAAGCAUGGUCUGUCUGGACUGCCCUUCUCUGGUAUAAUGAGACACAAAGUGUGCAGCUAUUUUUAAGUGUAUUUUAAGGGUUGUAUAUAUAGAACACGUUGAAAAGAACAGUUAAAAGAAAGGGUUUGCUUUAUUCUAACUGAGACAUAAUUUCUAAAGGGAAAAAAAACCCCCACUACGUGGCAUCAGAAAAUACACCUCGGACAGGUAUAUAACAUUCAUGUAAGUGUACUUCUUCUGUUGUAGUGUAAAACAUUUUGGGAUGCUCUUGUGGAGUACGGUGCUACAUUGGAUCGUUUUCUGUGAAAGUUUCCAUAGCUUUAGCAACAGUUUUGUUCUCUGUAGGAAACGCAAAGUGUUUUCCCCAUGAAUUUCCUUUCGCCAAAAUUUGCGGUCCCCUUUAGGGAAAGGAAGGCGCAACACAGCGGUGAGCUUGUCUUCUUCCUUUUGACAUCAAAAAUAGAAACUUUUAAAGCAUUCUUACACUUUCUAAUCACUGUUGCAAAGUGUUUCAAAAUAAUGAGGAAGAAGCAUUCAGUUUCUGAAGCCAGACCUUGUUUUCAGCUUAAAUGGCUUUAUAAGGCUUUAAGACUGGGCUGAACCUUUCUUUAAUUAAAUAAAAUCCCCCAGUACCUAAGUAUUCACCAGCCCGUUUUCAGUCAGGACAAAUAAAACUCUAACCAGCCCUUUGGGGAUUCUGGAUCAGGUUCAAUGUUUGGCCUUUUUACUUGCACCGGUUUUCUAAAAACCACGUACAAACCGCCCCCCGCCCCGGUGUGUCAGCGUGCUGGCGUACACAGGCCGGGGCGGCUGCGAAGCUGAGAGGUGUAGUAAGGAGGGACUUUCUGGUGAAACCGCUUUCCUCUGAGGUUGAAAGGUCUGUGGGGAGCCCUGGAAGGGCUCCUUUUAAUAGGGCAUUAAAAUCCGUAAGCCCUGCGGCUAGCUCUUGACUCUCGUUUCUUGUUGGUUGGUGUUUGUUUCCCAGAGCUGUCUGAACCAUUUCAGAGUUGGGCAUGCUUUUCAGAGAGAGAGAAGGAAAUGUUUAUACGACUCCUUUUCGCUUUAUUUGCGCUAGAGAAUGUGAAUUGCUUAAUAUCAGACACUGGCAAUUCUCUGAGCACGGCAGAGAGAGGAAUUCCUCUUAGGCUGUUGCUUCUUUCCCCCCCCCCAUUACUCGGGUAAUGCGAGGAGAGCAGUGCAAGCAGGUGAGUGAGGCUCCUAGUCUGCUGCUGCUGAACUAUCCUUGGAGUACUUUUUACCUAGUAGAUAACCAAAUUCUGCACUGGAACAGAGUAUGUACGCCAUUACCAUUUAAAAGGAUUUUAAAGUAUUUAUUUGUUUUGUGUGUUGUUUAUUGCUUAAAGGCGAUAUCGAGGUAAGUUCCUCUUGGCUGCGUUAAAGAAACAAAAUACACAGUGAGAAAUGAAGGUGUUGUAAGUGGUGCUGAGAACAACCGAGUAAAUUAAGUUGGACGGGUGUAUGAGUACCUUUUGGAAAAAACUGUUACAAGCAUUGAUUGUACUAGACUGUAAAGUAUGUAUCUGCAUAGCAGAACCGUGGGGCACGAAAUGGGGGAAAAAAGAAAAGGAAACAAAACCCUGUCCAAUUUCAGAAAAUAAAGUUGUCCCUGAGAUGAAUGUAUUCUCAGUGCAGUCCUGAAAGAUGUGACCUCUGCGCUUGUUCAUGAACCCAAUUAGAUGGAAGUAAACCCUGAGAACUUCCGAGGAGUUUUAUUCACAAAUUAAGAUUGUUUUCCCUUCUUCAGACUGCAUCUUACCCUAUGAAUAAUUUCCCUCUAAAUUAGAAAUGCUGA